CCCUAAUACAAUCUACUCAAAACACUCCAAACCAACCACACAUACUCAUACCUCAUCAGCCAAUCAAUCAACCAACCCUCACUAUGGCAGCAAAAUACCCCCUAAUCGAAGGCAUCGACAUCCACAACCCCUCCCCAAUCCACGAAGCCAACGCCGCCUUCCUACGAUCCUUCCCCAUCGACCGCGCCGUCUUCCGCCUCUAUGCCCGCUCCCCAGGAACCUUCCUCCCCAUCAUGUCCGUCCUGGACAGCAUUCUCUCCGGCGAAAAGCGCACCAUUCAACUCCUCGACUACCAGCUCAUUGUCCUCCGCAUGACGGGCCUCAUCAACGCCGAGUACCUCUUCGGCAUCAACGAGCCCAUCUCGCGUCUUAACGGGCUUGGCGACGAGAAGAUCGAGGCUCUGCGCAAGGGUCUGUCCUCGAAGGAGCUCAUUGCUAUGGGCACGUGGACGGAGCGCCAACAGUGUAUUCUGACGCUGGUGGAGGAGUCGAUCCGCACGUAUGAUAAUAACGAGGAGACGAUUCUGUGGGCUAAGAGGGUUAUGACGGAUGAUGAGGUCGUGGAGUGCUUUGUUGUACUAGGGUUCUAUACCACUAUUGCGAGGAUGACGAAGGGGUUGAGGGUACAGAAGGAUCCGGUUAUUCCGCAUUUGGAGACUGCGAUUGUGGAUACGAUUACGAAGAAUGAGAAGGAUGGGGUGGAGGCGUAG